AUGGUGUCGUGUCGGAGGUUUGCUCAGGUGUACUCGAGUGACGACGAAGAGGACUCUCUAGCGAAGAUGUUGUCUCAGGGACAGAACUCAAGGAGACCUAAGGAAACAAUGGAGGGAAAAAUGAGGAAGCGUAAGAAGGUGAGCCUGAACGAAGAGUCUGAUGGGGAAGAGGAGGAGACAGAGAGGAAGAAGAAGAAAGAUGACGAAGAAACGCCGCCGAAGGAAUUGGAUCCCGAUGACGCGAAACCGGUUGGUGAGCCGGUUAAAGUUACGGGUAGAGGAACCCAUUACGGGCAGUUCGAAUACGGCGGUAACAGAUACAAGCUGGAGGAUUCGGUGCUGUUGCAUCUAGAAGACAAUAGUCUUGAGCCUUAUGUUGCCAUUAUCAAGGAUAUUACAAAAAGACAAGAUGGAAGCAUGAUGAUUCUGGUACAAUGGUUUUAUCGUCAAGAAGAUGCAAAGAAAAAGGAUGGUGGAAAAUGGGUAGUAAAUGAUACACGUGAACGUUUCUACAGUUUCCAUCGUGAUGAGGUCCCAGCAGAAUCAGUGAUGCAAAGAUGCGUGGUGAAUUUUGUUCCAGCACAUAAGCAACUUCCGAGUGGCAGAGGUUUUAUCGUGCGAAAGGUGUAUGAUACGGUUGAUAAGAAGCUGUGGAAGUUGACUGACAAGGAUUAUGAAGUUGCAAAACAACGUGAAAUUGACCUCUUUGUGGAUAAGUCAUUGGCGCGAUUGGGUGAUCUUCCUGACUUUGAAACUGAAGAAGAUGUAGAGAAGGCUAAAAGAUUUUCCGGGAAAGUAAAAAAACCUCAUGUUGAUCUUAGAAAGGACAAAGAUGUCUUUCCUAUUUCAUCAGAGUAUCAUUCUAUCUUAGACAAGUUUGAUUCACUAACAGAUAAUUCUCAUCGUAACGAAUGUUUGGCGAAGCUUCUGGAAGCAGUCCAGAGCAUAUGCUUUAAUGCUGGUGAUGAAGCAAAUGAUGAGAGCUUUCUCUGGCCAGAUGCUGCUGUUUCUCCCGUGUGUGCCCUUGAGCUGGCUAUAAAUGUUUCUUAUGCAUCAGAUUAUUCUAAAUACAAUCAAAGGAUAAGGACAUUGGCAUUCAAUCUGAAGAACACUGCACUGCUGGCUAAACGACUGCUCAGUGGCGAGUUAGAACCUGAAAAGAUUUCGAACAUGUCACCCACUGAGUUAAAGGUGGGUCUAACUAAUGAGGAAACAGAGAAGAAUGAGCCUGAUGAUGCGGAACGAAUGCAGAUGACUGAUGUAAGAUGCUCGAGAUGCAGUCAUAUUAAAGUUGGCCUGAGAGAUAUCGUUCAAGCUGGGCAUCGAGAUCGCUAUCAGUUGGAGUGUAUUGCCUGUGGAAAUUCCUGGUACACCUCAAGGGAUGAGGUAGUAUCCUCUAGCUGUAGAUACUGA